AGAAGGGGCACGGGACUCCCGAAAGGAGGGGGAGAAGGUACCAAGGAGAGGUGGACAAGGAGAGACUGCCACUGCGGAUAGCGGUUCACAUAACUCUAGGAAUCAAAGAAGCAUAUGUAACACUUGUGUGGUGCUGGGACCAGUCUUCUGAAAGAAGACUCCAAAAUAAUCAACCUGUUUAUCCUGAGACUGAGUUUUCUUUGGAAAAAAGCUCAACAGAGAAACUUUUCACAUUGGAACCAUUAUAAAUCAAUCUAAAGAAGUUGCUACUUGGAGACACUUUUGCAGAGAUUGAAUCCUGCUUUUCAUCUGUGUUUGCACUUCAGACUGUAAGCAAUGAGUGAGUUCUGGUUGUGUUUCAACUGCUGUAUUGCAGAACAGCCUCAGCCUAAAAGACGACGGCGGAUUGACCGAAGCAUGAUUGGGGAGCCAAUGAACUUUGUUCACACGGCUCAUGUAGGAUCAGGAGACCUAUUCAGUGGAAUGAACUCGGUAAGCUCAAUUCAGAACCAAAUGCAGUCCAAAGGAGGCUAUGGAGGUGGCAUAUCUGCAAAUGUUCAGAUGCAGCUUGUAGACACUCAGGCAGGAUAACCUUGGGGAAACCUUUCCGGUUUAUGUGAGUUCCUGUAUCUUCUUUCCUCUUUUGCCUUGGUGACUGCUUUGAGUUCACGAUGAGAGAAGCGAUGGCUCAUUGUUCACACUUUGUGAUUACUCCAGUGAAAAGUUGCUGUUGUGCUCUGAUGAUGCCAUUUAUGAGAUUGGUCCUACCGUGCCUUUCAGUGACACGCACACAUAGGCCUCCUACCAGUACUAUGGACCUAGAGCUGUUUAGGAUCGGGUUUAGCAGUUUGUUAAAGCAAAUUAAAGCACCAACCUUAGCUUCCAUCAUCAAUACCUAAUGCACAGCAUUCUGUUACUCUUUAUUCUUUAAAUAUUUUCUCCAAUCAAGUAAUUUAGAAAUGAGUAAAUUUCCAUUAAUAUUUUUAAUCUCUCAUUGUUCAUAUCCAUUUUUGAAAGGCCUGGGCCCCAGCAAGCACAAAUUAGUAUUUCAUACAAAAUCAGCAGAAUAGAUGACCACAUGCUUUGUGGAGUUGAUUUGUAUGGUGGCCUGUUUGGUGCCAGAAGAAAUUUAAAUUGCUUACUGCAGACUGAUGAUACUGUUGUUGGUGAAAAAUUUAGCUGUGACAUGUCAUGGCUGUUUCUGAAAAAGGACUUGUAUCUUAUCUGCUUCAGAGUUAGGUCUUUAUUUUAAGUUUUAUUCAACUGGUCUUGAAAUAAUAAAGAGAAAACUUGCAUUUAUAAGGCGUUUGUUAUAAAUGUUCAGUAUAUUUAUUUUGAAAGAGCUGACUUCAAGACUGUAAACUGGUGUAGUAUCUAAGUAUUGUGGAAGUGCUUUAGUCUAUUUAAAAAAUAAAAGAAUCAUGUUUGGCUGCUUCUUUCUUUUUACAAUUUUUCUUAAUUUUAGGUUGUAUGGUCAUUUCCAGUAGCAGUAUGUCAGACUGUCUGCAACAUUAGCUGAAAAUUUUAGUAGCCCUCUCUAAGUAGUUGGCAGUUUCUGUGUACUAAAUAUUUAGGGGGCAUGGAAGUUGCUAAGAGCAACAUACUAAUCUGGCAGAUGCCAGUGAAAACAACAUACAGGGUGACUUUUUAUGAAGUCAGCAAAAAGCCUUUUGCUCAGGUUCCAAAGCAUGUUUCUCUUUCACAAAUUGUGAAAAUUGUAUUUUGAUAUUGCACUGUUUUCGAAUUAUCUCUGUAAAUUGUCCUUUUUCUCCUUGUUGGUGGUUUGAACAAGUUGGUGGUUUGAAACCUGACUGAGUUAAAUUUUUAUGUGGAAAACAAUUAUCCUAACAACUAAGGCAUAACUGAGCCUAAUAGUUUCCAUUUUUAUACAUAAACACACAUGUUUAUAAAUAAAGAUUGCUUCAUAAAUGA